AUGCAGGAUCGAUCGAAGGUUAAGAAUGAUGAAAUCACGAUGUUGGUUGUUGUAUCGGCUUGUGCACAUCUUGGGGUGUUGGAGGUGGGGAGAUGGAUACAUGCUUAUAUUGAUAGGAAUCGUAUGAGGACGAGCUUAAACUUGGAGAUUGUGUUGGUAAAUAUGUAUGUAAAAUGUGGGGAUGUUGAGAUUUCGAGCUUGUUGUUUCGGGGAAUGAAGGAGAAGGAUGUUAGGGUUUGGAGCGUGAUGAUCAGCGGGCUCGCCAUUCAUGGGCUUGGAAAAGAGGCAUUGGGGCUAUUCUAUGAGAUGGAAUCAAUUGGAAUCAAUCCCGAUUUUGUUACUCUCACUGCCGUUUUAAGCGCUUGCAGCCAUUCGGGCUUGGUUAAUGAGGGACUCAAACUGCUCGAUCGGAUGCAAAUAGAUUAUCUUGUUGAGCCAACAAUAGAGCAUUAUGAUUGCAUUGUGGAUCUUUUGGGAAGGGCGGGGAGAUUAAAAGAAGCCCUAGGUUUGAUUCAGAGAAUCCCUCUGAAGCCCAAUGUGGCUCUCUGGGGCGCUCUUUUGGUCGCUUGCAGGGUUCAUAAGGAUGUUGAUAUGGGAGAAAAAGUUGCAAAGGAAAUGUUUGAAUUAGAUCCUCAUCAUGCUGGAGCUCAUGUGUUCUUGUCGAAUGUAUAUGCUUCUUAUAAAAGAUGGGAGCUUGUCGAGGAGGUCAGAAACUCAAUGAAGGAUCAAAAGGUUAGAAAGCAUCCAGGAUCGAGUUUAAUCGAAUUGGGUGGUAUCGUGCAUGAAUUUGUAACUGGAGACAGUUCACAUCCUGAUUCUCAAAAGAUUUAUUUGAUGUUGGAUGAGUUUCGAAGAAUUAGGAGAAUGAAAGAGCACCAGUCGUUCAGUGGACAAAUGUUGUUUGAUAUUGAAGAGGAGGAGGAUAAGGAGGCAUGCCUUUCUCAACAUAGUGAGAAAUUGGCUGUUGCUUUUGGGUUGAUUAAGACCAAACCAGGUUUUCAACUGCGCAUAGUAAAAAAUUUGAGGAUUUGUGAAGAUUGUCAUUCUUUGAUGAAGAUGGUGUCUGAGUUCUUCAAGCAUAAUGUGAUUGUUAGAAAUAGAAGUAGAUUUCAUCACUUUCGGAACGGGGAUUGUUCGUGUAAAGAGCAUUGGUGA